AGUACUCCUGGGCCACAGGUCAGAGAGCAGUUCCCAACAGAGUUUCACAGGAGCAUCUGUCAGGCUCCACAGAAGAGAUCAUGACCACCCAGUUCAGCAAAGGACCCACAUUCGGACUCUCGGCUGAUGUCAGGAAUAAGCUGGUGCAAAAGUACGACCCUCAGAUGGAGGAAGACUUGAGGAUGUGGAUCUAUGAGGUCACAGGUCGAGGGGUUCCUGAAAAUUUCAUGGAGGGACUGAAGGAUGGUGUUAUCCUAUGCGAGCUGAUCAACAAACUGCGGCCUGGUUCGGUUCCAAAGGUCAAUCAAUCAAACCUCAACUGGCACAAGUUGGAGAAUAUCACUCACUUUGUGCGAGCAAUUGGUGAAUACGGCCUGAAAGCACAUGACAUCUUUGAGGCCAAUGACCUUUUUGAGGACAUGAACCACACUCAGGUUCAGUGCACCCUCAUCGCAUUGGCUGGAUUGGCCAAGACUAAAGGCUUCUACACAAAAAAUGACAUCGGUGUUAAAUAUGCAGCAAAAAAGCAAAGGAAGUUCACUCCUGAAAAGAUGAAGGAGGGGAAAAGCAUCAUCAGCCAACAGAUGGGUUCCAAUAAGUUUGCCAGUCAAAAGGGCAUGACCUCCUAUGGAACAAGACGACAUCUACAUGAUCCCAAUAUGGGUAUGGAGAAACCAGCGGAUCGAUCCACUAUAAACCUCCAAAUGGGCACCAACAAAUGUGCCAGCAUGGCUGGCAUGUUUGCACUUGGCACUGCAAGACAGGUGAUGAAAAAGAAUGUGAAUCUAGAACCAGUGGACACUUCAACAGUGUCUCUGCAGAUGGGCACCAACAAAGUGCCCUCUCAGAGCGGGCUCACUCCCAUGGGAGGCGCACGUCAAGUCUAUGACCGCAAAUACUGUGUCAAGGCUAAUGAAUAAGAUGACAUUGAUUUAAUCAAUUAAUACAUUGGCUUUUCGUCAUUUGCAGAUGUUUUUUUUUUUUUUUACUGAUCUCAGAUCAGCCAUUUAAUAACGAAAUUAAAUGAUUUAAUAUAUGAAUUUAAAACGAUAUAUUUGGAGAGGCCUAACAGUUAAGCCAGGCACAAAGAUUUUACAUGAUCACCAAUAUCAGGUUAGGUGAUGUUAUCAAAUCUAUAGCAAUUCACCAAGAAAGUUAAUAAUCUUCAUACAAGCUAAAAAUAAAUUUUCUCCCUUUAAUUCGAGAAAUCAUAAAGCUGCUCUCUGAUCAGUUUAAAAGGGAACAUCUACCUUACAAGUAGAUUUUGUAAACUUCAAAUUAAAUGGCUUAGAAGAUUUAUUAUGGACUAGUCAUAGUUUGACUUGUAUCUUUCUGUGUGCAAACAGUAUAUUGUAUUCUUUAUAUUCCUAAAUGUUAAACGCAAAUUUGAUGUCAUUGGUCUUUAGUAUGUGUCUGAAUAUACUGGAUACAGAAAAAGGUACAAAGGAAUAUAACUGAAUGAAAAAUGUUGAUAAAAAUAAAUAAAAUCUUAAAAGCAAAAAAUAAAUACAAAUAAAAUAAAAUCCCCUCAUUCCUGAAUAUGUGGCUUUGCAGCCUUGUAAUCCAUCAUAAAUCUAUAUUCUUUAGCAAGAAUUCACACAAAAACCGGCUUAAUCAUUUACAAUCACUAAAUAAAUAUAUGUUUAGAAUAUAGUCUACUAGUGUUAGUAUAAAAGAAGUGAUGUAAUUCAGUGGAAAGCAUGAAAGCAUUUGAGAGUUAAUAAAGUUUUCAUUUGUAACAUUGAA